UUCAAAAUGUGAGCAAGUGACAAUAGCUCAUGCUCAGGAGGAUCAUCGUUUGCUCGCUUUUUGACUCUCAACCAGCUUCUCAUUCCGCCAGACCAAUGGUUGCUGUAGGUGCUCACACUCGAUUCUAAGAUCAGGCGAACGGGCUAGCUGCCAGAUUCUCAAACCGAGUGACAGGGCUACACGGCAUCUAUGGAGGCUACUCUUGUAUCGCGUGGUGACUUUCGAGGACACCUGGAAGAUCGAUUCACCGAACGCUGUCCAGACUAUGCUGAGGUUGGUGAGAAAGUUUUUGAGCGACCUGUUAUAGUCCCCUGGCCUCCAGCGGAUCUAUCCCACCGUCACUCCGGGCACAACCACCAUGGUUCAGCCAGUGGUGAUGGCAACGCUGGUGCCUUUGACCGUCGUACGCAAGAUACAUGGUAUCGCCGUGACAACAAGUCUCGCUAUGAUGAUCGAAGCUCGGCUAGUAACAGCGGCAGCGGCAGCAAUUAUCAGAAUCGCCGCUAUCGCCGUGAGCCAUACCGUGAUCUGGAUGAUGUGCGGGAACAGAAAACAAAGUAUGAAGAACGGCAAGAUGAAGCUGAAGAUGUGGCCAACUUCUUGGAUAACUACCGUCGCACUAUGAUGGAGGCCAAGGACCAUGAGAAAAAAUCUACUGAACCGUCGGGCAAAUCUCCAGGAACAUCCAAAUCUAGUCUAGCUGACACUGGAGCAGCGUCAGCACUGGCUUCUCGGCAGCCUAGUGCUGCUGUUCCUGGUACCUCAUCCAAACCGGGCCAUUACAACCUUCUUCAGCAUGUCUUAGGAUCUUCGUCACGGCCCACUAAAACUGCUGAACCUGCCCUAAAUGAUGCUGCCUUGGCCCCUUACCGGAUAAAGCCCGGUGCGAAAUCUCCCACUUCUGAAGAGCGGGAGGUUGGCACAAAACACCACCCGCUUCCCCAUCAAAUACCAGGAGCGUUGGGUAAGAAGCGUGUUCAGCGUGCUGCACAGCUGGCUGCUCGCAAUGGUUCUGAGGGAUCGGAAAAAGGCGGGCAGAAAAAGGUGAGCGCUGCUGCAGUUGAACGCUCGCGGAAAGCUAUCAGGGAUGCUGUCCAAGCGGCUGGCGGGAAAGCAGCGGCUGGGUCUGGCACUGCUAGCUUAGCCAAGCAUAUUAGCGGUGUAUCCUCACCACAGAAAACACCUCGCAGUCAUGGUACGGUUAGUCCUGUCAAGGCCAGUCCCAAGGCCAGUCCUGUCAGCUCUCGUAGAGCAUCGGCUUCGUCUCCGCACAAGGUGUCCUCGCCGGGUCAGAAUUCUCCCGGCCAGCUGAGAUCAGAGUUGAUGAUAGAUGAGUCCAGGAUUGUGCUGCGCGUCGCCGGUAUGAGUUCUCCUGCGAAGAUAUCCCCUACUGUAACGCGGUCACCUCCAGAAAUGGAGACUGUCCCUCCUCCUGUUAUUACUUCAGAGCCACCACUGAAACUCAGCAUUCGUCUUCCACCUCCACCGCCUGAGUUUGGCAAUGACACCAACAGUGCUUCAGAAAAGGUCAAGAAACACCACAAGAAACACAAGAAGCACAAGCGCCACCAUGAUUCGUUGGAGAUGGCACCAGCCGGGAAGAAAGCCAAGCUUCACUAGCUGUACUGUAUGGUGUCGCCUUGCCAGGCAUGUUACCUGCACUACCUCACCUUACUGAUGAUUUACUCAGGGUCUUUGUGUGUGUGUGUGUGUGUGUGUGUGUGUGUGUGUGUGUGUGUGUGUGUGUGUGUGUGUGUGUGUGUGUGUUUGCCAGUGUUGUUGUCAGUUCGUGUUUUCUCUAGUGUUGUUUUCUGUGCUAGACAAAGCCUCAUUUUUCAUGUCUUUAACGUUAUUUACUUCGUGCUGAAUUUAUCAUGCUUUUUAUUCUUACGCUGAUUGAAGAAACUUAACCUCCGAAAUACCCUGACUAUAAGUUUGUUGGAGCUGAUAUAGCUCACAAUCGUCUUGUCUCAUGAAAUCUAGCAAAGCUUAGCUCUCACGCCCACGAAAAACAUGCUGAUAUUUAAGCCUCAGAGUGCCACUCUGUCUUCAUAGUUCUGAUUGCAUAUCUCUGUUUUAUUUCCAUCAUUCUCCUACCAACAGUUCGAUUGGUUGUGUUCGAUCUUUAGAACUGAC